AGUAUCAUUAAGGUUAUAAUAUAUACUCCAAUAUAUGAUGCAAUUGGCAAGGACCGAGACAAACCUUACUCUCCAGCCAAAGUCAACUUCGCCUUCACCAUCGCCUAUAUCAUGUUGAAACUUCCUGAAAGUACUUCACCAUCUCCAUCUACACCUCCUCGAGGUAUCAAAGGUGGUUAUUGGCCUUCGUGGCGAGCCGAAAAGUUUCCUCCCUCAGCAAUCUCUACAUCCUACUUCACUCACCUCUUUUAUGCUUUUGUUGUGCCUGAUGCCAAUAGUUACCAAUUUUUGAUCACUCAGACUGAUGACAAAUGGAUGAAAAACUUCACGGCCACCCUCCACGCCAAAACUCCUCGAGCAAACGCCUUCAUAUCCAUUGGAGGUGGCACUGCAAGCCCACACACUUUCUCCAAUAUGGCAAGCAAUCCAGAUAGUCGUGCAGCCUUUAUCAACUCCUCAGUCAGUGUGGCUAGGAAGUAUGGCUUUGAUGGGCUUGACCUCGAUUGGGAAUUUCCACAUACUCCACAAGAUAUGUCAAAUCUCUCAUUACUCUUUAAAGAGUGGCAUGAAGCUAUUGAAAAUGAGUCUUCUAUCUCUGGAAAACCUCAGCUGUUUUUAAGUGCAGCAGUUUAUUUUGCAUCCAAUUUUUUCCUAUCCAACAUAGCUAGAGCUUACCCUGUCGAAGCCAUAAACAAAUAUGUUGAUUUUGUUAGUCCCAUGUGCUAUGAUUAUCAUGGAAGCUGGGACACUUCAGUCACUGCUGAACAUGCUUUGCUUUAUGACAAGGCCAGCAAUAUUAGCACUAGCUAUGGCAUUUCAUCUUGGAUCAAGGCUGGGAUUCCGCCAAAGAAAUUAGUCAUGGGCCUGCCACUUUAUGGAAGAACUUGGCAAUUGAAAAGUCCAAGCGAGAAUGGAAUUGGAGCUCCUGCAGUUGGAACUGGGCCUGGCAAUAAUGGUGUUAUGAAAUUUAUUGACAUAGUGGAGUUCAAUGUGACAAAUGCUGAAGGUGUGGUGUUUGAUGAGCAGACUGUAUCGAUGUACUCAUAUGCUGGAACCGAUUGGAUUGGGUACGAUGGGCCAGCAUCGAUUGAGAAGAAGGUUGAAUUUGCAAAGGCUCAAGGUCUUGGUGGGUAUUUCUUCUGGGCCCUUGGGUAUGACAAGGACUUCACACUUUCUAAAACAGCUUCAGACACAUGGGAUGAAGAAAUCUAAUUUGUAUGAAUUGCUCUAUGAUCUUCAUCUAAUUUGUACGAAUUGCUCUAUGAUGUAUAUGUACGUGCGUCACAAAUAAUUUGCAGUUGUAUUAUAUACGUUUGUAAGACAGCUUUUUAUUAUUUAUAAAUAAUGUUUCAUAUUUA